AUGGAAGAGCAUGGGUCACAAAGCAGCGUAGCAUUAACUUCGGGUUCCUGGUCCCCAUCUCGAGUCCCCGACGCCAAUCAGGCUCAACCACAUCUUAUCACUGAAGAACCAACCCCACGAAGUAGUAAACGUCUUGCGCCGGACGACUUUACCUCGGAUCAUGAGCGUCUCCUUCAUCCCUCACAUCGUGAAAAUGCCGAGCUUGUGGCAGAGCAUUACAAUCAGCGGCCGGAAGUGGGUAAACUUAAACGCAAAGAUUCUCCCAUCAUCGGGCUGAAGAACUUUAACAACUGGAUCAAAGCCGUGAUGAUCGCCAAGUUCGCACGACCGCCGAUCGAGGAGACGAACUCGAAGCCGCCACCCUUCGUUUCCGUCAGCCAGAGGAAACAACCAAAACAUCUAGGGCGUGUAUUGGACGUUGGUUGUGGGAAAGGCGGGGAUCUAGGUAAAUGGGCUAAAGCGAAUAUAGCACUCUUCGUCGGUGUGGAUAUAGCGGGUGUAUCAAUAGAGCAGGCACGUACCCGGUGGAGAGAUCAGAAGCGGAAACAGUUUCAAGCGGAGUUCUUCGAAUUAGAUUGUUAUUCUCAUCCGCUGGCGGAUGUAGUACCUGCUCCGUUGUUGACUGCUUUCGAUGUUGUAUCGAUGCAAUUUUGCAUGCACUACGCGUUCGAGAACGAAGAGAAAGUGCGUAUGAUGCUCAAGAAUGCGACGGAUCACCUUCGCCCCGGAGGUGUAUUUAUUGGUACGAUACCUAAUGCGAAAUACCUACUGAAGCGGUUAAAAAAGCUGGGGGACAAAGAGGAAGAACUCUCUUUUGGCAAUGAGGUCUAUCAGAUUCGGUUCGAAUCAAGACAUCCUCCGGCCAAAGGCGCACAUCCCUACGGACAUAAAUACAAUUUUUAUCUCAAGGAUGCUGUUGACGCACCCGAAUACGUUGUUCAAUGGGAUCCUUUCGUAGCGCUUGCGAAGGACUAUGGCCUUGAGCUUGACUAUAAGAAGGAAUUUCACGAUAUAUACCAGAGCGAGCAGGAGAGUCCAGAAUUCGCAGCAAUGUUGCAAACAAUGAACGUUGUUGAUUCGAAAGGGGAAAGUUUCUUGGACAAUGAUCAGUGGGAAGCUGCCAACAUCUAUAUCGGAUUUGUCUUCAAGAAGGUUGCUCCGACAGAGUAA